AUGGUGGUCAAGGUAUAUGGUCCAAAUAGGUCAGCUUGCACACAGAGAGUAUUGGCUUGCUUUUUGGAGCUUGAUGUCGACUUUGAGCUCAUAAAAGUUGAUCUCAACUCCAACGAACAUAAACAACCCAAGUUUUUACUAAAACAGCCUUUUGGUCAAGUCCCGGUUGUUGAGGAUGGAGAUUUUCGGCUUUUUGAGUCAAGGGCAAUCAUAAGAUAUUAUGCAACAAAAUACGCUGAAAUAAAUCAAAAGCUUUAUGGAACUACUUUUGAGGAGAAAGCCUUAGUUGACCAAUGGCUAGAAGUCGAAGCGCAUCACUUCAAUGACAUGGUUUACACAAUCGUUCUUCAGAAACUUAUCAUCCCAGAAAUGGGAGGGAAAACUGACUUUGUCCUUGUUCAGAAUUGUGAAAAGAAGCUUGAGAAAGUGUUUGAAGUUUACGAAGAGCAACUAUCGAAGCAUAGGUAUCUAGUUGGAGAUUGUUUCACCCUUGCUGAUCUAAGCCACCUUCCUGGGAUUAAAUACUUGAUGAAUGAAGCUGAACUAGGGUACAUGGUGACAAAGAAGAAGAAUGUGAAUUCAUGGUGGAGUGAUAUUUCAAACCGACUUGCUUGGAAGAAACUUAUGCUUCUCGUGGACUAAGUCAUGUUUUUUUAUUUUAGUAUCAUGUGUAGUUUAAACUUUCUAUCGUUGAUGACUUGUUGCUUUCUUAUAGGAG